AUGGACCCCGACGACGCAUUUUCUAGGCUUACUUCGCCACCCGGAUGCCCUUACUUGUGCGCUUCUUGUACCGACGUCCUGAGUUGUGUCGGAGAUGAUCCCCAAUUCCCCAUCCCCGGCCACUUGACCCGCCAUAGUUUUCUCAAGGCUGUAGCAAACAAAUGCUUUAUCUGCUGGCGACUAUUUCAAGCCCUCGGCAGCACCCAUCAUGAAUUUUUACGAACGCUCACUCGAUACGAGCGCCUGGAGGAUCCAACAAGGGAUUAUAACUAUCCGUUGACCAGGCUGGGAAUUAACAAUCAAUAUGCCGAAUACUCCAGAAUUUCCGUGGAUUCUGAGUUUCUUACACGCAAUUGGACGAGGAAUCUCGACCUAGCGACACUUCCAGAUUUGGCCCGUGUCAUCGAAGACAUGGAUAAGGACAAGUUUAUUGCCUUCGAUUAUGUCCUCGUCAAGAUGGAUGAUUACGCAGAAGAUUUAGAAAUUUCUCAGUGGAUCGAAUCCUGUACCGGGCUUGUUGAUGCCAUGGCAUGGGAGGACACAAUUGAUCUUAUUGGGAAGUGGAUCAGGGCUUGUGACAUGGGCCAUAAGCAGUGCAAUGAUCGUGCGAGGGACACGAGCUGGUUUCCUACCCGGGUCCUCGAUCUCGCUCCCCCAGAGUUCGCCAAGUCUGAUGGAGAAGCGGUCAAGGUCAUCGAAAGGGAACAGGUUGUGCCUGGGAGUCGCUAUGUCACCUUGAGCCACCGCUGGAACGAACACAUCCCCAAGCUGACCUCCUCAAACCUCAAGGCCCGGCUUCAGAAGAUACCCUUUGAGAAUUUGACCAAGACGUUCCGUGACUUCAUAACCGUAUCUAGACGCCUAGGCGUUCGAUAUGCCUGGAUUGACUCGCUUUGUAUCAUCCAGGAGAGUGAACACGGUGGCUCCGACUGGGCCCAAGAGUGCCUGACGAUGGAUCUAGUAUACAGAAACUCGUUUUGCAACCUCUCAGCAGACUGGCCCACGGAUUCAGAUGGCUUUUUUCUCGACCGAAAAGUGCGACAGUUUGAUCUUCCUACUAUCAAGAUUAAGUUUGACAAGUUUCCAACCACUGAAGACAGCGAGGACAGUGAGGACAUCAAAGACAUCGAAGGCGGCGAAGAACAAGAGUUUGAAUUCCUGUUGGUCGACAAUGACACCUGGGAUUGUGAGGUAACCAAAUCACCAAUCAAUUCCCGAGGUUGGGUUCUCCAGGAACGCUUCCUAUCACCACGCGUACUUCAUUUCUGCCGAAAUGAAGUCUUUUUCGAAUGCUGCGAGACGCAGAAAUUUGAGCGGUUUCGACGUUCCAUGCCGGCAAUUGACAGGCUAGUUUAUGACCCCUUCAAGAACAUUGUCCAGAAAUUUGAUGGCACAUAUGAUACUGAGUCUUGUCACCGGGUGUGGAGAAGAGUUCCAGAGAUCUACAACAACUGCAAACUCACCUAUCCUGACGAUAAGCUUGUUGCGGUCUCGGGUAUUGCGCGCUACCUCAAGACUUACCUGGUAGAUGAUGUUUACGUCAUGGGAAUUUGGGCCUCGGACAUCAACGCUCAGAUGCUCUGGGUGUGUGAGACCAUAAUUAGGCCCUAUGUCGUCGACUGCCAAACCUUGGGUGAACUCGAACCCCUUUCCGAGACAGCCGUCCAAGCAGUCUCGACACCUCUUCGCCAGUGCAAAGGACCGACUUUUUCUUGGGUAUCAACAGACCAGCUCGCCGUAUCCUUCUUUACAAACCACAAGCUUUCCAUUACACGGAAAUCUGUCUGCGAAUGUACAAGAUUGGUCAAGUAUCGAGAGGGACACGCCCCAUUUGAUGAUGAACCCAUCACUGAGGACAUAUUUGAUUAUCCUGGUCAACCAAUGGUAGAGCUCAAGGUGGCCGGCCUCCUUCGUCGAGUGAGGUUGAUAGAUACUGGAAGUACGCUAUUGCGUGCCGUCUUCCUCGAUGAGAAUGAUGGUAGAUCUGAGAAUUAUGGAUCCUUACGGCAUGAUCCAUACAAUACCACGCUAGUAUCUCUGGAUUUUGCUGUUGAUCCUUCAGAAAUUCCCAACAUUGAAUCACGAGUUUGCUUCUGUAUACUCUGGGCCGAUUCCGAUUCCGAUUACACGACGACCGCUAGCGUCCCCCCACCCUCUAUUAUUCUCGAGUUAGUCGAUCUGGAAAUGGGUCGCUUUCGUAGGAUUGGGAUGAUGCUGAACUCUAGGCUGAUUCAAGGGUCCGCGGUGGACUAUCCUGGCUGGAAUUACGACCCGAAGACGGGACUGCACACCAUCUAUAUCAUUUGA